GUUGCUGCUGACGAUCCAAUAUGACAGUUCACUAUGCUACACUGGUUUCUGUUCUGGCUCUUCUGGUAAUCCAGAUAUUGGUCAUAGAGACAUCCCCUCCUAAAUGUGACCAAGUGUGUAUCGAUGCCCAAGAUGUAUGCAUCACGGCGUGUGGUUUGCGGCCGGCCGGUUAUUGUACAGCAGAAUGCAAAGAAGAUUAUGAUGAGUGCUGCGAAUGUAUUCCUGAUUGUAAAAAGGAAAACGAGGAGUGUCUGGCAGAGUGCCAGGACCUAAGCGAUCCCAAUGAGAUAACAGAUUGUACAAAUGAAUGCAAUAAGGAAAACGCCGAAUGUAACGAGGAGUGUGUCGAAAGUGAAUAGUGAUUUGUUUUCUGUGAGGCCUUUUGAAAUUAUAAGAAGGCAUUUGAUAUCAUUUUAUGUCGAAUGUUUGUAGAUAAUCAAGUAGAAUAAAUGCUUCUCUAUCCUCAAGACUAAAACAGCAAACCUAUUGCAAAACAAUAAAUCAUUGACAAAUCGAA